AUGGCAAACCAGGACCUCUCGCGCCAUGUGCAGGCGCAUUGUGCAGUCAUAUACAGCCACAUGAUUUCACUUAACCUGGUCCAAGACACGAUCCUGGUCAACGACCAUGAGCUCCUCAACCCCUCCGCUUGGGUCAAGACCACACCCCCACACGCUAUAGAGAAAGCAAUCGCUUUGCGCAAAGCUCAGGAGAAGACGCUGCGACGGGAUUCUGGGCAGCAGUUCGCCGAGGCGAAGCGGCUGGAGGCCGAGUGGUGGAAAGCGAAGAAGUUGGCGGGGGAGAAGGAAUGGCAGCUGCUGAAGCCUAAGCUGCUGAAAAAGUGGACUGUGAAGCGAAGAGCGCAGGCGGGCCAGAAGACGCAACCGCAGCCCCAGUCAGAUCCGGAGCAGGCAACAGAGGCCAGUGGAUCGUCUGCCUUUCUGCAGGGGUUUAUGGCGACGAUAGGGGACAUCACCAAGGGCCGGGAGACGCCUUUUCGGUAA